CUGGGGCGGAGGGGGCGUGGCCUGAGCGCGAUGGCGCCGCUGAAGGUGCUCGUCGGGGUGAAGAGGGUCAUUGACUUCGCCGUUAAGGUGCGGGUGGCCCCCGGCGGUCACGUGGUGCAGGAGCAAGGGGUCAAGCACUCGCUGAACCCGUUCUGUGAGAUCGCGUUGGAGGAGGCAGUGCGCAUGCGCGAGAGGGGGGAGGCGGCCGAGGUCAUCGCGGCCACCGUAGGGAGCCGGCAGAGCCAGGACGCUCUCCGCACUGCGCUUGCGCUGGGCGCGGACCGGGCGGUGCUGGUGGAGCUGCCGGGGGCGGGGCCAGAGCAGGGGGCGGGGCCAGGGGCGGGGCCAGGGCAGGGGGCGGGGCCUCCCCUGGUGGCGGCGGCGCUGGCCAAGCUGGUGGAGAGAGAGAAACCCCAACUGGUGCUGCUGGGGAAGCAGGCCAUAGACGAUGACUGCAACCAGACCGGCCAGAUCCUUGCCGCCAUCUUGGAUUGGUCCCAGGGCACGUUCCUGUCCCGCCUGGAGCUGGAUCCAGGCUCCAGCUCCGUGCGGAUCCAGAGGGAGGUGGACGGGGGCUUGGAACAGCUGCGGCUGCAGCUGCCGACUGUGCUGACGGCUGAUCUGAGGCUCAACCAGCCCCGAUACGCCACCCUGCCUAACAUCAUGAAAGCCAAGAAGAAGCCCCUGGAGGUGCAGCCCCUGGAGCAGCUGCUGGGCGGCCCCGUGCCCCCCCCCCGGCUGCGGGUGCUGCGGCUGGAGGAGCCUCCCGUCCGCCAGGGGGCGCAGCGGGUCGAGAGCGUCCCCGCUCUGCUCGAGCGCCUCGCUGCCCUGGGCCGCAUCUGAGGCCACGCCCCCUAACGGAGUGACCAAUGGGAGGGCGGGGAGGCGGUGACGUCAGGCGGGAGAUGGUGACGUCAGGCGGGAGAUGGUGGCGUCGCGCGGGAGGGGGUGGUGUC